AUGUCAGCUCCAGAGAUGCCGGAUCUGAGCCACCUGACCGAGGAGGAGAGGAAGAUCAUCCUCUCGGUCAUGGAUCGGCAGAAGAAAGAAGAAGAGAAGGAGCAGUCCAUGUUGAAAAGGCUGCAUCAGCAGUUUGAGAUGUAUAAGGAUCAAGUGAAGAAGCUCGGUGACGAGGCUCAGAAGAAUCCGGAGCAGAAGAGCGACUCUCCAAUCUGCGGAAUUUGCCACAAAACCAAAUUUGCCGACGGCUGCGGCCACGUCUGUUCUUAUUGCCAAACCAAGUUCUGCGCUCGCUGUGGGGGCCGAGUGUCUCUGCGCUCCAACAAGGUAAUGUGGGUGUGCAACUUGUGCCGAAAACAACAAGAAAUCCUCACCAAGUCAGGCGCCUGGUUCUAUGGAGGUGCUGAGGGCCGAAGGUUUGGACACGAGGUCAAAGGUCAUCUCGACCCAUCUGGAUUAGCAGUGAAAUGCUACUCGGGUGUUCCAGGUGACAGGAGAAGAAGUCCAUCAGCAACCAGGUCACACAAAGGGGACGUCAUAGGACGAACUCAGCAUGGGGAAGGCAUCAUACCUCGGUCUCCGUCUGAAUCAAACCGCUGGCGUUAUCAGGACCGCCACCUGGACAUUCACAUAGACGAUCGCGAGCUCCAGCGCCAGCGCGAGGAGGAGUAUCGGUCUCGGUACCGCAGUGACCCCAACCUCGCCCGGUACCCUGUUAAACCGCAGCCCUACGAGGAGCAGAUGAGAAUCCAUGCUCAGGUUUCUAGAGCACGGCACGAGCGGCGCCACAGCGACGUUUCUUUGGCUUUUACCGAGCUUGACGAGGCUCACAACGGUUUUGACGGCCGACGCCCAGCAUCAAAGCGCUCGUAUUCGAUGGACAGAAGCUCUCCGGCUUUUAGGACGUUCAGUAAAAUGCACCAUCUGGACCCUGGCAUGAUGGAUGGUGUGAUGAGGACUGACUCUCUUAGUUCGGAUCAGUCAGAGUCGAUGAGGCCUGCGAGGAGCCGGAGAACAGGGCGGUUCAGGGCGGCGGGAAGCUUCAGCAGUUCAGAGGAGGAGAUCAACACCACGCCGGAGUACACGAGCUGUGAGGAUGUGGAGCUUGAGUGCGAAUCCUUUGGUGAGAAAGGAGAUAUGGACGGCCACUGGUGGGAUUAUGCGUCAUGGCAUAAUGAGUCUUUGCCAAUGUCUAUGCACCCCGUGACGUGGCAACCUUCCAAAGAUGGAGAUCGGUUAAUCGGGCGGAUUUUACUGAACAAGCGGAUGAAGGAUGGCACGGUGCCACGAGACACGGGCGCGCUGCUGGGCCUCAAGGUGGUUGGAGGGAAAAUGACUGAAUCUGGUCAGCUUUGUGCUUUUAUUACUAAAGUAAAAAGAGGAAGCUUAGCAGAUACAGUUGGCCAUCUCCGACCAGGUGAUCAGGUUCUUGAGUGGAACGGGAGAGUUCUACAGGGAGCCACAUUUAAGGAAGUUUAUAAUAUUAUUCUAGAGUCCAAACCUGAGCCGCAGGUCGAGCUUCUGGUCUCGCGGCCCAUCGGUGACAUACCCAGAAUAUCAGAGAGCACACAUGGACAGCUUGAAUCCAGUUCAAGCUCAUUUGAAUCGCAGAAGAUGGGUCCAUCUAUUUCCGUCACGUCUCCCAUGAGUCCCGGCGUCCUUCGCGAUGCUCCACAGUAUCUGUCCGGACAACUUUCAAGUCCAUGCCUUAAUAGAAGAACCACGCCUUUUGUCCCUAGGGUCCAGGUUAAGCUGUGGUACGACAAAGUGGGACACCAGCUCAUCGUCACCAUUUUGGGUGCCAAGGACCUGCCUGCUCGGGAGGAUGGUCGUCCCAGGAACCCCUACGUCAAAAUUUACUUCCUACCUGACAGAAGUGAUAAAAGCAAGAGAAGAACGAAGACAGUGAAGAAGUCGCUAGAACCGAAAUGGACCCAGACAUUCAUGUACUCGCCCGUGCAUAGGCGUGAGUUCAGGGAGCGAAUGCUGGAGAUCACGCUUUGGGACCAGGCACGGGUGCGAGAGGAGGAGAGCGAGUUCCUUGGGGAGAUUUUAAUUGAGCUGGAGACAGCCCUGCUGGAUGAUCUGCCUCACUGGUAUAAACUCCAAACACAUGACGUUUCCUCCAUGCCACUGCCGAACCCGUCACCGUACAUGCAGAGACGCUUUAUACAGGGAGAGAGUCCGACCCGGAGACUCCAGAAUAAAGGCUCAUAUUAUCACGGCCCAGGAUCACAGCGUAUCAGCGACAGUGAGUUUUCCGAUUACGACUGCGAGGACGGGGUUGGCGUCGUAUCAGAUUACCGGCACAAUGGCAGAGAGUUCCAGAGCUCCACUCUGUCCGUUCCUGAGCAGGUCAUGUCGUCCAAUCAUCGCUCUCGAUCGGACGUGAUGCGUAAUCGCUCUCGUUCUCCCAGCGUCCCUCCUCCACACAGUCGGAGUUUAGAUCACGGCGUGAGAGGACCGGCACAUUACGGGCCUCGACAUCGACUCUCAGACGACCGAUACUCUCCUGAUAGAAACUCAAUCACUCAUCCUCACCGAGUGCGAACCAGAUAUCACACCAUCGAUACGCCUUUCCAGGACCACAGACAUUACAACGGUCCCAAUCAUAUUCCCUCACCAUGGCCCAAUCACGACAUGAAUGGCUCCUCUGAUGAUUACAGGAACUGCCCCAAGAUCGAAAUCGAGCCUUCCACAGAUGCAGAAAGAGAGGAUCAUAUACCAGAGUUCCCAGUUAGCCACGAACCAUUUGAGGAGGAUUUGAGGUACGCGCAUGCCACGGUGGACAGACAUUACAGGUCGAGGUCGGCUGACCAGCGCCCGAUGAUGGAGAGACAGUUCUACACUCGCUCGCGCUCGUCCGAGCGUCCUGAACCGUCCUACAUGAGGUCCAUGCCGUCUUUACCCUCCAGGAGAUCCGCCCCUCCCUCUCCUGCCUUAACGAGGGCAAAUCCCCGGUCUGGGUCGGUCCAAACGAGUCCCUCGAGCACACCGGCGUCUGCUCGGCGAGGCCGUCAGUUACCGCAGGUCCCUCUGAAGGGCUCCGUCGACAGAAAUGGUGGAGAGGGCGUGGCAGAGCCUGGCGAAGGUUCCCUAAAGGAUCCAUCCAGGCGGAGAAUGGACAGCCUGUCUAUGAAGUCCUCCGACAGCGACGUUAGCGACGUAUCCGCCAUGUCCAGCGCGUCACGGCUUAGCAGCGCAAGCUACAUGUCUGUCCAGUCUGAGAGAGCGCGGGCCGCUCGCAAAAUUAGUCGUGGUGAGGCUGUCCUGCAGAGUCAGUCUCAGGGGGAGGAGUGUCUGAUGGAGGGAGAGGGAACUGUAGAGGGAGGAAAGAAAGAAGGGGAAGCAGAACAGGAAAAUGGAGUAGCGGAGGAGGAGGAGCCUGACAGUGGGUUUACAUCCAAAAUGAAAAACAGGGCUCAGACAGCGACUCCCGGCUCCAACAUUACCAAGAGCUCCAGCGUAGGAGGAGAAAUGUGCUCCCUUGGCAGGACUGACGAUGAUGAGGAUGACAAAAAGAGGCGCUCGAGUUUUGGGGCAAAAAUGGCCGCUAUGGUGGGUCUGGGGAAGAAGAGCCAGAGCACGUCGCAGCUGGGUCCAGAAGAGGAUGGAAAGAAGAAGAAGCCUGUGCGUUUGGCCAUUCAGAGGAGUGUAGAGACGGGUCUGGCCGUCGAGAUGAAGAGCAGGAUGACACGGCAGCCAAGCAGAGAGACAGCUGAGGAAGGCGACAAACCCAAACAGGGAAAUCUGAUUUUCCCCGGCGUAAAAAUUUCAACAGACAGCCAGUUCACAGAGUUCUUAGAUGGUCUCGGCCCGGCCCAACUCGCUGGGAGACAGACACUGGCCACGCCCCCAAUGGGCGAUAUUCAGAUCGGCAUGGUGCACAGGAAAGAACGUCUCGAUGUCGAGGUGAUUCGUGCUCGAGGUCUGGUCGGCAAACCGGGUAACAAACAGACACCAGCCCCCUACGUCAAAGUCUAUUUACUGGACAACGGGAAGUGUAUAAACAAGAAGAAGACACGUCUGGCGAGGAAAACGCUGGACCCUCUGUAUCAGCAGCAGCUGCAGUUUGAGGAGAGUCCAGAGGGAAAGGUGUUACAGAUCAUCGUGUGGGGAGAUUACGGCCGCAUGGACCACAAGUCGUUCAUGGGCGCCGCUCAGAUCCUGUUGGACGAUUUAGAGCUCACCAACAUGGUGAUCGGCUGGUACAAACUCUUUCCCCCCACCUCAUUGGUGGAUCCCACGUUAGCUCCAUUAAGCAGUAAAGCUCAUGGAGGAGCGACGGAAAAAUCAAAUGUCCGCUCAUAAUGGCGCCGAGAUGUCCUGCAUGCUUCACGCUGCGUCCCGUGGGAAAGCCGAAGGCCAGAACGCACCGUCGUCUUCCUGCUGCCAAAAGAGAAAUACGAGGAAAUGGGGAGACGCAGGAACGGAGCGUUUGGGUUCGAGACAGACUGAUAGCUCAGAGGUCCGAAGCUUGACUCGUUGUGGGAAAGAACAAGACAAAUAACACAUAACACAAUGUCGAGCUUCAUCUUUUUCGGGAUGGAAAGACACCAACCUUUGGCUGAUUUGUUUCCUUUUCCAGUGGACAACAGUGACUUAUCCAGAGCUUACAGUAAGAUGUCUGAAGAAGAACAAGAAAGACGACACCUGCAAAAAGCCAUGGGGACCAACCAAGGGUGGUCUGAGAAAACGAGGAUCCUUAUCCAAACCUUCUCAACAAGCGUGUGCUGAGGUGUCUGACAGGCAUGCUGAAGUCAAAUGAAGCUCAGUUACAGUAGGAUAACGUACCCAGAAAAAGAAACAAAAGCCCUUUUUUGAAGGAAAGACGACAAACAAAACUGGUCUGUUUCAUUUCAGUGUUGAUUUAUUAAAAAAAUAAAUAAAAAUUGCACAAAAAGCCAUGUGGACCAACUGUAAUAGUAUAAUAGGAAGAAUAAGAUUCAUUAAAAUUGACAAAUCCAAGGACAUAAAGCCAAUUUCAAUUGAUUUAAAGAGAAUGAUGGUGGCAGUGACAUUUAUUUGGAUGUUUUGUUUUAUAUGCAAAAAGACCUCAGUUUUCUCCACCCAGAGUUUGGGAAAAAAAAAAAAAAACAUGACACACACAAAAAAGCCAUGAGCAGGCAAACAAGAGGAGGGGAAAAGGGCAAAGAAAGUGAGAAUGACAUCUCCAAAGCCCUACUGCACUUCCUCACUCAAACCUGAUUAAAAGAAUGAUUAACUAUUUGAUCAACAAUUUUGAUAAACGACAAGAUUGGAAAAAAAACCUUAAAGGAGAACUCUCUCGAGCUCUGGUUGAAUCAGUUUUCAGAGAUGUACUGUAUUAAAGUCAUGAGAAGUUGCUUUGUUUUUUCUUAGUUUUAUUUAUUAUUAUUUUUGCAUGGAUGCAAAUGAUAAAAAAAAUUAUUUUGUUCAAGGCUGCUACUAAAAAAAAAAAGAAAAAAGAAGAAGAUAAAAACAAGAGCCCGGUCGGCCAUUUUUAAUGGUUUUUAUUUAAGUCAAUUAAGAGAAAAAAAAAUCUCCAGUGCAUGCUUUACAGUAAGAGUGACUGCGAUGAAGAUUAAGAUGUGAUUGUCGUUGUACUUCUGUAUUUGUUGCAGAUCAGCAAGCAGUGUGGCCUGGAAAAAAUAAAACCCAUUUCCCAACAGAAAACGAUAUAUACCAUAUUUUCCAGACUACAUGACGUGGUGUUUUUACCUUGUAGUUGCUACAGUAUGUGCUAUCAUUUGUGCAUUAGGCUGUCUGCUGUUUUUCUGUUUCAGAAACUGAAAUCACACAUUUUACCAACUUUUGGCCAAAUCCAAACAUUUAUGCUGAACUUGUUAGUUUUUUUUUUUUUGUUUGUUUUUUCUUCUCCAGGCAGAUUUUAGUAGAAUAAAACUUAUCAUCUGGAAAAUAUGGUAAAAGCCCCUUAAAAAUACUUUUCAAUCCAAUGACCUUUCUCUUCUUUCUCUCCAACUUUAGAGGCUGCCAUGUUGAUUUGUUUCCACUGGGAGGCACUGUGGUUUAGUAAACUUUAUAGUUUUUGACUCAGACUUUUAUUUCUUGCCUCAUUUCUCAAGAUCAGGCAUGCCAAAAGUAUUAGGACUCCCUCAAACAUUUGAGCAUGUUAUAUAUAAAAAAAAUGAUUAUAAAAUGAUCAGUGUAAGAGUUAUUAAUUAGUGCAUGUGAAUCUGAAGCUCAGCUCUCAGAUGCUCCACCUUAUCAAGCUUUUUUGUUUUGUUUAGCAUUUUCUUCUGUGCUUAAUUUUUUUCUUUAAUAACCAGGUGGCUCCCAGGGAAACAAACAAAAAACACACUUUUGCAAGGGAGACCUGGCCAAGUUGUUCAAAUGAAUGUUAAAGUAAUUUUAUAUUUAACAGACGUUGACUAGUAAGGUUGCGAGAAUAUUUUAUUUUAUUAUUGUAAUAAAAAAAAAGAAAAAAUAUUACCACAUUAGAUGGUGCAGUAUGUCACAGACUUGUUUAUGGAAACUGGAAA